GGUAGGUACUAGUUGUCAUUUUCAUUCUACGUCAAAAAACCUAUUGUUUUGGAUUUUUAGGUCGUGAAAUGGAUUUAAUAAUAUAAACGAAAUUACUUUUAAAAUGGGUAACGCUGAUACAAAAUUGAAUUUUAGAAAGGCUGUGGUCCAACUAACAUCCAAAACACAGCCAAUUGAUUCUGCAGACGAUAGCUUUUGGGAUCAGUUCUGGUCUGAAAGCGUGACAAAUGUGCAAGAUGUAUUUGCAUUGGUGCCUGGGGCUGAAAUUCGCGCUCUUCGGGAGGAGUCGCCAAAUAAUUUGGCAACUCUUGUUUACAAAGCUGUGGAGAAACUAGUGAAGACUGUAGACAGCAGCUGUCGGACGCAGCGCGAACAACAAACUGCGUUGAACUGCGCUCGGCUGCUGACCCGAGUGCUGCCGUACAUGCUGGAGGAGGCGGAGUGGCACGGCUUCUUCUGGUCCUCGCUUCCGGCCGCGGCCGAGAACGACUCCCUGCCGCUCGCGCAGUCCCUUAUCAACGCUAUUUGUGACUUGUUGUUCUGUCCCGACUUCACAGUGACGAGCACCAAACGCUCGGGCCCGGAGCGUGCCGAAGAGCUGUCAUCAUUGGACAGCUGCGAAUACAUAUGGGCCGGCGGAGUCGGGUUCGCUCGGUCUCCGCCGCGCAACGCCCAGCACGAGGCGGCCAGGACGGAGCUGCUGCGGCUGCUGCUCACCUGCUUCAGCGAGACCAUAUACCUGCCGCAGCACGCGGCCAACACCGCCUACCACAAUAAAUGGAUCGCCUACCUGACGAGCCCCGAGAACCGGCACGCGCUGCCGCUGUUCACGUCGCUGCUGAACACCGUGAGCUCGUACGACCCGGUGGGGCUGGGGCUGCCGUACAACCACCUGCUGUUCGCCGACGCGCUGGAGCCGCUGGUCGAGGUGUCGUUACAAAUACUGAUCGUGACGCUAGACCACGACACCAGCAACACGGUCAACGCUGAAACUGAUGAGAGCCUCCCGGACAACCUGUUCAUCAACUACCUGUCUCGCAUACACCGCGACGAAGACUUCCAGCUGCUGCUGCGCGGCGUCACGCGGCUGCUGAACAACCCGCUGCAGCAGACCUACCUCCCCAACUCCGCCAAGAAGGUGGGCCUGCACCAGGAGCUGCUGGUGCUGCUGUGGAAGAUGUGCGACUAUAACAAGAAAUUCAUGUACUACGUAUUGAAGAGCAGCGAUGUACUGGAGGUACUGGUGCCCAUUCUGUACCACCUCAACGACUCAAGAGCAGACCAGUCCCGCGUAGGCCUAAUGCACAUCGGUGUGUUCAUACUGCUGCUCCUGUCCGGGGAGCGCAACUUCGGCGUGAGACUGAACAAGCCGUACGCGGCCAGCGUGCCCAUGGACAUCCCGGUGUUCACGGGCACGCACGCCGACCUGCUGGUCGUGGUGUUCCACAAGGUGGUCACCACCGGCCACCAGCGGCUGCAGCCGCUGUUCGACUGUCUGCUCACCAUACUGGUCAACGUCUCGCCAUACCUGAAGACGCUAUCGAUGGUGGCGUCGACCAAGUUGCUACAUCUGUUGGAAGCCUUCAGCACCCCCUGGUUCCUGUUCUCGCAGCCCCACCACCACCACCUCGUGUUCUUUCUGCUCGAGAUGUUCAACAACAUGAUACAGUACCAGUUCGACGGCAACUCAAACCUGGUGUACACAAUAAUCCGCAAGCGCGCGGUGUUCCACAACCUGGCCAACCUGCCGCAUGAGCACAGCGCCAUCUCGCGGUCGCUAGCGGCGACCCGCGGCCGCGGCCUGCCGUCCGCCGCGGCGGGCGCUCUGCCCAGGUCUACGAGCGCGGAGUGCGUGUCGGAGACCACGAUGGAGGGCUCCCGGCCCGCGCAGCCGGCGGAGCCCGGCACCCUCAACCCCAGCCUCGCCGAAACACCAGCAAUCGCAAUGAUGACGGAACGGGAGUCGGCGCACCCGCCGCCGAGCGAGGCGCGGCUGCUGCGCGGCGACCACAGCGACCGCAGCGACCGCAGCGACCGCGGCGACACCGACGGCAGGAGCUCGCCCGAUGACAAACAGACCGUCACACACCGGAGCAGUAUCCGCGUGACCGACGACCGGGCCACUGCGCGGCCCGCCGGCGACGGCGCCUGGCGGCCCACCGCCGAGUGGGUCUCCAGUUGGAGGGCCAAACUGCCGCUGCAGACUAUCAUGAGACUGCUGCAAGUGUUGGUGCCGCAAGUCGAGAAGAUUUGUAUCGACAAGGGCCUGACGGACGAGUCUGAGAUCCUGCGGUUCCUGCAGCACGGCACGCUGGUGGGACUGCUGCCGGUGCCGCACCCCAUCCUCAUCCGCAAGUACCAGGCCAACGCGGGCACCGCGCACUGGUUCCGCACCUACAUGUGGGGCGUCAUCUACAUACGAAACGUGGACCCUCCGAUAUGGUACGAUACCGACGUGAAAUUGUUCGAGAUACAACGAGUGUAAAUAAAAUUCGCAGACUAAUAGACUUUGUAAAAUUAACACAAAACGUGUAACUCCUAAAAUUUUGUUCUCUAUGGUAUUCCCGUGCUGUCACUUUCUCUUUAUAAAAAAAGACAUCUUGACGCACAACGUCACUUGCGUAAAAUGUCAUAUGGAUUUUGUUGGCUUUCACUUUUCACAUCAAUAAUGACGUUUUGAGCGAACCAAUGUGUCGUUCUGUGCCAGGAUUUUUAAAACCCCCUUAUGUUCCGCUAGUAUUUUCAUAGUUAACUGAUGAAAUUGUCAAUCUCUGUUCCACUAAUUAGUAAUUCCAAUUUCAAAAGCUAUUUAUUUUAUUUUACUCUUCUAAGUAUAGUCCGUUUUAAUAAUUUUCGAUCACUAUAUAAUUAAUUGUUGCCCCAUUGGGCUUCUUUAUCAACUAUAAAGAAUAUAAAAAUAGUCACGACUUGUUUCACUUGUACAAUUUUUUUUGACGACCUUGCUGGCGCUGUUGGCCUCUGAACCGAGAGGUCCCGGGUUCAAUCCCCGGUCGGGUCAUGAUGGAAAAUGAUAUUUUUCUGAUUGGCCCGGGUCUUUGAUGUUUAUCUAUAUAUGUUAUAAAAUAUAGUAUCGUUGAGUUAGUAUCCCAUAACAUAAGCCUCGAACUUACUUUGGGGCUAACUCAAUCUGUGUGAUUUGUCCUAAUAUAUUUAUUUAUUUAUUAUUGUCAAAAUACAUUCUUUCGACCGUGUUGUAACAUAAUGACCAUAAUAACUUUACAAUUUUCACGGCCGAUGCCCCAUUUUGACAUUUUAUUUGAAGUUCCAUUUGAAAUUAAAUAUAAUUGUUUAAUUGAUCAAUAAAUUUAGGUAGCAAAUUUUCCUAUAAUCGAAUAUAAAUAUUACACCAAGCGAGCAAAUGCUCAUUCUAUCCCCACCCUGUAAUCCAACCAAUGGAUGGCAUAGCAUGUAGCCAGUCCUGCCCACCAUUGGUUGGAUUGCCGGAACUUCAAUCUAGUUGUCCAAUAGAAUGAGUUUCGCUCGCUUUGUGUAAAUGCACAUUAAAUUAGAAAAUAAAUGAGCAGAGACGCUGAAUAUAUGUGAAUAUACGUACGAAUAUAUAUAGUUUAGCAUAUCGGAUAUAGUAUAAGUUUAUCAUAGAAACAUCCGUGGCACAUUUAAUUUAAAGAAAUUGUAAAUAUUUCAAUAAAAUGUGCCCUUGAAAUAACGCAAAUAUGUUUAGAUCUCAAAAUUAAGUAGUUUUUUUCCCAUAUUUAGACGGGAGUCUGCAAAGUAGCUAAUUAACACGCGCAGUGGUAGAUUUUACCGACAUCGUUAAUAAUAAUAACGUUGUUCUUGUCAGUGGAGCUGCCUCCAUUUGCACCUCACCUAUUCUCUGCCGUCGAUUUUACCUCCCAAUACUACACGACUGCCUUGUCCUUCAACUGAAUGAUAAAUGCCCUUUGUGGCUUUCCUUAUGGUCUAUUAAACCACGCAACUGAUUUUGAUGCAGUUUUCCCUAUUAUAGGUAUAUACAUAAAACAGCCUACGCAUUUAGGAGUUAUAAUCAAACAUAGAACUUUCUAGAAAUACAACAUUCCUUUUAAAUAAUUUGGUUUUUUUUUUUUCGAAGCGUUAUUUCAAUUGCACUGAGAAAUAUAGCUAUAUACAACAUAGACUAUAAAAAAGUCGAUAAAUAGUGAGAUUUAACAAAGGAUUUUUUAAUAAUUUAUUAAGAUAUUUUUAAUUUUUUUUUUUCAUUUUGAGUUUUAAAACAUCUUUAGCUGUAGCUAUAAUAUGAUAUACAUAUUAAUUCUUCUGCAGCUAUAAUAUGAUAUACAUAUUAAGUAGUGAAAUUAUGAAGUAUUGCAAUAAUACGGUUAUUGUUUAUCUAUGUUAUUCAGUAAUGUUUAUUUUUUGUAAUUUCAAAGCCCUCAUGUCGAAAUUAUAUAAUUUUAUUAACAACGCCUAGUCAUUUACACGAGUAGAUGAUAGAAGUAUGUAAGCUGUGUUGAAUUGUGUAUCUCUUUGUGUAUUCUCUCAAUUUUAACAUUCCUGUAUAUAUACUGUUGCUGUUAUUCAUUAAAAAUAUAAAGCAUACUUUAAACUAAAGUAUGUUUUGUCACUAUCGCACUUUACAUAAUUUGACAUUGACAGAACGAGAAAACAUACUUUAACAAAGUAUGAUAACUUGUGUAUGAAUAACGGGGUGAGACUGUAACUUUUUAUUAUCUUAAUAUCUGUCCUUAUGAAAGUUUUUUAUGACUUAUCGCAAAACAAAGACCUAGUUUUGCAAUAUUUGAUUUUUAAACAACUUGUUAUAUACGUCUUAUUCCGUCAAGUUGAUUUGAGUUGCGUCAUUUCAGAAGCUUGACGAUAAAUAUAUAUCAAUGGUUGAUUAUGAUUCUAACGCAUGAUUAUGAUUCUUGUUUAUGAAUAAUUUCUUUAUAUUUAUGAAUAACUCAAUUUCGGUAUUAUUCACACAUUUAUCUUUUUUUAUCUCUUUAAAUAUAAAUUAGUACUUAAUAUUAAUAUUUAUUAUUAAAUUUAAUUUUAGUUUAAAUUCAAUCUGAAUUAGUUUGUAAAUUAGAAUGAAUUUAUUUAUUUUACAUUAACGUGUAAUAAAUGUUAUUAAAAGGAAAUAUAUAAGAUGAGC